GCUACUCAUGCGACUCGGCGCUUCCUUGUUCAGUUUUGUUUGGAUAGGCCAACGCGCUGCAGCAGCGAUGAGGCACAUGCCCCGGCUCAUUGCCACAACUGCGAUGGAAGGCCAACAAUAGCCACUGUAAUUGCACUGUUCAAUUUGGGAGGAUAAUCGGCAGCGACACAAAGACAUUGCCAUUUCAGCAUGUCGCAUUUGCUGAGGCGCACCAAGAAGUCCUGUCUGAAGUUCCUGCGCAAGAUAUCGACUUCGAAGCAACUAUUUGUGCAGCGGCUGGACGAGGAGGAUGGGGACGACGACGAGGAGGUGGAGGUGGAUCUGCAGCGGGACCUGGAGCUGGAUGUGAACAGCAAUUGCCAGGUGACGGAGGCCAUCUACGAGGAGCUGCAGCUCAGUGAGUGCGCUCCGGACUUGGCCAAGGAAGUGCAGGAGUCGCAGCCGGAAGUUAAGCACGAUCUGCGGACCAAGUACUUGAUGAGCUACGGCAGCUACGAGGUUCUGGAUACCCUGCCAACGAGCAUUGAAUUCGAGCGGGUGAACUACAAGGAGAAUGUCCGCUACUUGCGUCACACGCCCUCUAAUUCCAGUCUGGAUUUGCAUCUGGAGGAGCAGCAGCCAAGGCAAUUGGAGCAGCAGGAGAAGCCUUCCGUUCAGCAGGCAACUCCGAGGAGACAACAACUGCAGAAGAUCCCCCCGGCCAACCGCUACCAUCCCUGCAGCAUCAGUCUGGGCUCCAAGCUGGAGGGCAACUACCACAGCGUGGUGAUCAUGGAGCCGCCGCACGACGACUUCCCCAUCGUCAAGUGGGACAUCAAUGGCAACUCCCUGGACGACGACUCCUGCGAUCGCUGGGAGGACUUCGACAACAGGUGGCGCCAGGCAGCGGCCGUCACCAGAUCCCUAUCGCAGUCCCAGAAGUCCAGCCACCAGUCCAGCUCCUGCACUCUGGAGACCUGGGUGGACGACACGGAACCCCUGAGCCUGGAGCUGCAUCGGCACGACAGUGCGGCCGCCGGAAACAAUUGUAAUCUUUGCCUUAGGAGCUUCUGAAUCCGGAAACGGAGACUCAGCGGCUUUGUAACCUCCACUUUGCGUCCAGCGAUCGAGCACAAAAGAAAACCAGUCUUGUGAGAAUUACCUACAUAUAUAUGUAUUCGAGUAUUUGAGUCGGUAGACCGCAAUUUUCAUUAUAGAAAGUUGUUUUCGAGAAUAUCCAUUAACAAUAAAGUGUGUGUUGUGUGUGCGGCGCUCCUUUGGCUCCA